UUUCGGUACGAUGCAAUUAAGAAGUCCACGGAAAUUCGAGCAACAAAAUCGAUAGGAAGUCCCUCUACGCACACGCACGCUGAGAAUGAGAAAGCGCACCGUUUACGCAUGGAGCGUGGCGAUUAUCUGCUUCAUUGUGCUGAUGAUCGUCACGCCUGCCAUCCCUCAGUCUCAAGAAUAUCACGAUUUCGCUGACCAACGCGAGUUCUUUGGUAUACCUAAUACUCUAAAUGUCGUUUCCAAUUUUCCCUUUCUUGUUAUUGGUCUCAUCGGGCUAGUGCUCUGCUAUCAUGGCAAUUAUUUUAAGCUAAGCUUGCAAGGUGAGCUUUGGGGUUGGACAUGUUUUUUCAUUGGCGUGGCAGCGGUUGGUAUUGGAUCAUCAUACUAUCAUCUCAAGCCUAAUGAUGCUCGUCUUGUGUGGGAUCGGUUGCCUAUGACAAUUGCUUUCACGUCGAUAAUUGCGAUUUUUAUCAUUGAAAGGAUUGAUGAGCAGAAGGGAACUGUGUCACUUAUACCUCUAGUUUUGGCUGGUGUAGUUAGCAUUUUGUAUUGGAGGUUUUUUGAUGACCUGAGGCCGUAUGCUUUGGUCCAGUUUGUUCCUUGUAUUGCCAUUCCUCUGAUGGCUAUAUUGUUGCCUCCAAUGUACACACAUUCCUCUUACUGGCUUUGGGCAGCAGCAUUUUAUCUUUUAGCUAAGGUAGAAGAAGCAGCAGAUAAACCAAUAUAUAGAUGGACUCAUCACAUUGUCAGUGGCCACACUCUUAAGCAUCUGUGUGCUGCAAUGGUUCCUGUCUUCUUGACACUCAUGCUUGCAAAGAGAAGUAUUGAAACACAAAGGAUAAGUCUUCUUAAGACAUGGAAAAUAUCAUGGACGAAGAUUAAAGAAAACGGCUCGAAGGUAGAGACUUACACAUGUACCUACUCAACUGUUCCGGUUGAAGAAUCAUCUUGAUUACAUGAUAAACUUGCUGUUUUUGUAUUUCACAGAGGAUUUUGCACAUGUAGAUAAAUAUGAAACAAAGUACACUAACAAUGUUAACCGAAAAAUGUUCUAACUAUUAAAGGACUUUUCAAAUUUAUACAAAUCUGAUCCCGUUUCA